AUGCAGCUAAACAAGCUGCUAUCUGACGACCGGGCUCGCAAUCUCGGCGCUUCUGUCCAUCGGCGCCGUCGGCCGCCGUCUCAGCUGGGCAGCCUUGCCUGUAUCGUCGCAGAGUCUGGCGAACCCGGCAAAGGCGUUUCGGCCUAUUCGCGAGGGGAUACCACAGACGCAGUCUGUGAGCAUGACGUAACCAUGUGCAUUUGUCCCGUCUGCGGUUUCUCGGCCACGAGUCCACGCGCCCAGGACGAGCACAUGGAGCUGGUGCAUGGAGAGACGAGCAAUCUGGCGCUGGCACUCAACGCCAACACUACCACCACCACCACCAGUACCGGCUUCACCACCACCACCGCCGCCGCCAGCACCUCCUGCUCGGCCGGACUCGGAGUCGGGGUUGGGGUUCCAGCCGUCUCCGGACUCGAUGUAACGGUCACGCAUCUCGCCGGUCUCGCGUCGAGGCAAUGUCCGGGCCACGGGUACUCCCCGGGCCAGUUCAUCUCCUCGGAGAAGAGCGAGGCCGCCCCACCCUGCCCGCCCCGAGGCGAGCUCAACAGCACCAGCAGCAGCAGCAGCAGCAGAAGCAGCAGCAGCAGCAGCGGCAACAGCAUCGGGCCGGGCAAGGCUGGUGGGGCUCAGGGAUUUGAGGGUUGUCUGAUGGACGAACCGGUCGGCGGGGCUCCUGGCCUCUUGCCGCCAUCGACGUCGACGCCGAGGCGUCGAACGGCGACAGUCAAUCUCAGCCCUGGCGACGGCCAGGCGCCGCUUUCACGACUGCCCUUCGAGACGGGCGCCAGUCGAUCGGCCACUGCCUCGAGAUCGUGUCUUGGCGCCGCUCCCCACAGGACGGACGCAAGAUCGAGUCCCUACGAGACGACUGGCCCGGCUGCUGAGGCCGGCGGGGCUCGGCAACUCGCUUCUCCUCGACAUCGUGUCUUUGUCUUCGACACGGCUUCGCCUCUUUCACUGCAGCCCUUGAUGCUGGGCAACACGAGCAAUGGCAACGGCGCCAAUCACCCCGCCAGACCCGACGGUGCCUCGCCGCGGCGAUUGCUGACGCAUGUUGGUCGCGCAUCGCUGCCGUGCGCCCGAAGCCUGGACGUUUGCCAGGCCGGAUCCCGUUCGGCCACGGCCUGGACGAGCAGCGAGAAUGUCUAUGGCGAGUUUGAGCAGAACUCC